CCGGCAGGGGAGGGGCUGAGCAACGGCCACAGCCGCAGACUGAGCCCUUGCAGCCUGAUUAUCACAUGACACGGCGGCGGUAGCCGUGGCAGCAGCCGCCGCGGCUCCGGUGGCUCGCCGGGUGGGCUCAGUUCCGCGCACGCAGGAGCUGAGCGCAGGGGGCGGGGAAGAGACCUGCUGCAGCUGAGGCCAGCCCUCCGCUCCCGGAGCGCUCGGUGUCUCUCCAGACCCGGCCCGCCCGCUCCAUGUCGCUCCGUUGCGGAAGUGUAGCUGGGGGAGGAGGCGGCGGCGGCACGGAGCACAGGAGGCCGGGGCUCGGCCCCCUGCAGCACUAAGCUCCAGGAGUCGCGCACGGCGCGCCCCAGCGGCCCGGCUGCCCGUGCGCCCGGCACCCGCCGCAGCCUGCAUGACCCGCGCUGCGCCUCGCCCGGCCGCCGCCGCCUCCAGCUCCCACCGCUGCUGCCGGGCGCCGGAGUAAUAUGCUAACUCGAGUGAAAUCUGCCGUAGCCAAUUUCAUGGGCGGCAUCAUGGCUGGCAGCUCAGGCUCCGAGCACGGCGGCGGCGGCUGCGGAGGCUCGGACCUGCCUCUGCGCUUCCCCUACGGGCGGCCGGAGUUCCUCGGGCUGUCUCAGGACGAAGUGGAGUGCAGCGCUGACCACAUCGCCCGCCCCAUCCUCAUCCUCAAGGAGACCCGGCGGCUGCCCUGGGCCACUGGCUACGCAGAGGUUAUCAAUGCUGGGAAGAGCACACACAAUGAAGACCAAGCCAGCUGUGAGGUGCUCACUGUGAAGAAGAAAGCAGGGGCCAUUACCUCAACCCCAAACAGGAACUCCAAGAGACGGUCUUCCCUUCCCAAUGGGGAAGGGCUUCAGCUAAAGGAGAACUCGGAAUCCGAGGGUGUCUCCUGCCACUACUGGUCGCUGUUUGAUGGUCACGCAGGGUCCGGGGCCGCUGUGGUGGCCUCGCGCCUACUACAGCACCAUGUCACAGAGCAACUGCAGGACAUCGUGGAGAUCCUGAAGAACUCUGCGGUCCUGCCCCCGACUUGCCUGGGGGAGGAGCCUGAGAACACACCCGCCAACAGCCGGACUCUGACCCGCGCUGCCUCCCUGCGAGGAGGGGUGGGCGCCCCAGGCUCCCCCAGCACCCCACCGACGCGCUUCUUCACGGAGAAGAAGAUCCCACACGAGUGCCUGGUCAUCGGGGCUCUGGAAAGCGCUUUCAAGGAGAUGGACCUACAAAUAGAACGAGAGAGAAGUUCCUAUAAUAUAUCUGGUGGCUGUACAGCUCUCAUUGUGAUUUGCCUUUUGGGGAAGCUGUAUGUGGCAAAUGCUGGGGACAGCAGGGCCAUAAUCAUCAGAAAUGGAGAAAUCAUCCCCAUGUCUUCGGAAUUCACCCCCGAGACUGAGCGCCAGCGACUUCAGUACCUGGCAUUCAUGCAGCCUCACUUGCUGGGAAAUGAGUUCACACAUUUGGAGUUUCCAAGGAGAGUACAGAGAAAGGAACUUGGAAAGAAGAUGCUCUACAGGGACUUUAAUAUGACUGGCUGGGCAUACAAAACCAUUGAAGAUGAUGACUUGAAGUUUCCCCUUAUAUAUGGAGAAGGCAAGAAGGCCCGAGUAAUGGCAACUAUUGGAGUGACCAGGGGACUUGGGGACCAUGACCUGAAGGUGCAUGACUCCAACAUCUACAUAAAACCAUUCCUGUCUUCAGCUCCAGAGGUAAGAGUCUACGAUCUCUCCAAAUAUGAGCAUGGAGCAGAUGAUGUGUUGAUCUUGGCCACUGAUGGACUUUGGGAUGUUUUAUCCAAUGAAGAAGUGGCAGAAGCAAUCACUCAGUUUCUUCCUAACUGUGAUCCAGAUGACCCUCACAGGUACACACUGGCAGCUCAGGACCUGGUGAUGCGUGCCCGGGGUGUCCUGAAGGACAGAGGAUGGCGGAUAUCGAACGACCGACUGGGCUCAGGAGAUGACAUUUCUGUAUAUGUCAUUCCUUUAAUACAUGGAAACAAACUGUCAUGAAAAUGACCCAGGGGAUCGGGAGGAUGGAAGGGAAGAAAACUGGGAUACCUCUGGGCAGGGCGGAACUGGGAAGUGCCCCAGCUGAGUUCCAGGUGAUGCAAUCUCUUCCCUGCCCAGGUGGGGAGUUUGCUGCCAAGAGGCCUCUGGCUACACUUCAAAAUGACCCCUAGGUUUCCAUUUCCUUAGUAACAGGUCUGGACUCCACACGAUUGGGGAAGACAAAGCCUCCUACUGAGCGUUAUAUUUCUGUUGGUUUUUAAAAUAGGCCUCCUAAGUGGCUGUUGCCUAUGUGGGGCACCUACAUCAUAUUUAUUUGAUCUAGAGUAGCUGGGGCAGCCAUUUUCAGGUGUAACUGGCAGAAGACUCCUCCGCCUGUCAAGCUGCCAACUUCUCUACGGGUUAGAAGUGCUGCAUUGGAAAAUCCGGGAUCACACCUCAGAAAGCGAAAUCGUCCACCUUUAGAAAGCUCAAGAUUAAUUUCAGGGAUUCUGCCUUUCCCUCCCUCUCUUUCUCUCCUUCCUUACCUCCCCCCUCCACCUUUUUCUUUCUUUUGUGGUAUUAGUGGGGCGAGGCAGGGAUAUUUCUUUCUUUCUUUUUGACAUUCCUUGAAUCUUGUUUGUUUCCCUUCAGUAGAACAGGACUGGGACUUUCCAACUCCUUGCUGAGGAAUUUUUGUGUCAAAGUCCAGCCUAGGCUGGGUUGUCCUCAUAUCCCGUGGUCCACACCACCCAGGCAGCCAUCUGGAACGGUGCCCUGCAUGACAGACCAACAUCUUUCUUGUAUAACAAGUUGCGUUUUUUCACCAAAUCAGUGUUUUCUUGAAAAUGUGGGUGUUCCGUUGGACCAACAGUUCCUCUGUUAUCUUCAGCGUCCCUCUUGUGUGGCUGCUUGAGUCUAGAUUUUCAUGUCUGGAAUGUUUGGCCCCCUUCCACCUGCAGUGUUUAAUGGAGCAGUUUAGAAAGUUCUAAUACCAUUCAGUUCACGUACCUCACUUGAGGACAGCUCUGAGUUCAGGUUUCAUGAGCUGUGACUGUCCUUCAGCUCCCUCCAAAUAGUGUAAAUAUCAGAGUUCUGUCAAGCAGCAGUUCUUUCUGCUGUUUUGUGCAGGGCCCACUCAGGAUUGUACUUUAAUAAAAGUGAAUUCAGAUUGGGUAGGCUAGUCACUCUCAUGCUGACCUCCCAGUCCCUUCUCCAGAGCACCAUGUCAUAGCUACCUAAGAACCGAGACCCCUCUUCCCACUGUGGAUCCACCUCUGUGCACACCUCACAAGCACAGCAGCACACACGCACCGGACCCCAUAAACACCUGCCACUUCUCUGCCAGGAGGAAUGGCAAAGUAGAUGUUACAAAUCACUCCUGUCUUUUAGACAGACUGCUGCCCUACACCUGGGGACCUGGUAGGAAGACCUCUAAUUACCUAGUCCUCUUCCUGCAGAAGAGGUGUCGGUGCCAUUUUGACAACUUCAUGUAAUUCAAAUACUCUUCCAAUCGAAUAAAGAAGGUCAUGGGUGUGACUUCCCCAAACUGCUGGAGAGCCAGUUCCAGUUCUCAUGUUUGUGUGAAUUCCUUCCCCAGAGGAGAGGAUAGGAACUUUUCGUCCUGGGUAGUAAUUCACCCCAAUUUCUAGAAUUGUAGAUACUUUCUUAGGAAAGGCUUGGAGUCUUGCUACUCAGAAAUAAAUUUGUUCCAUAGUAUGGAAUCCAUGCCCUGCCUGGCAGGUGAAGUACUAUGGGAAUUUGCCCCCUAGGUGUCUGCCACCCUGUUGCCUGAGGAGAGCUGGGCACUGCUCCCAUGGAGAUGGGAGCCAUCUCCAUCCGACAGUGUGUUUCCUCUGCCUUCGGUACCCUGAACGUCUCUGUGGGGAGAGGUUUGUGGUAAACAAUUUGCUUCACUGAAACAAUAUAAUGCUAUGGGGAAACUUUCCAGCAUCCUAUAGCAGUGUGGUCCACUUUCCACUCCUGCCCCAAUGCUCAAAGUUACACACAAAAUAGAAACUUGAGAAAGUCCUGCAUGGAGGACCCUGAGCCAUGUCCUUUGGGAUCAUUCCUGUGUUCCUGUUGUCUUUUUUCUUUUUUUUUAAACUUUCUUAUUUCCUUUUCUGGACCUCUCUCUGGGCCCUACCUUGAGCUUCUCUAGUCUUAAGCCACUGGAGUCAGAAUUUGGGUGUAGAUAUCAUGGCAACUUGUCCACUCAAUUCACUAAUUCAUUUACUGCCAAGGCCAGUCUCAGGAAUAACUCUGGAAACCCCUCAUUCAAAUUAUCUAAAAUCUUGAGCAUUUAGUCCUGCUGGUUUUGGUUAAAAAGGUAUCUAGGAAUUCUUCCCAUAAGUCUCCUUAGGAAGAUCUUAGUAGCCAGCUAAAGCUAUGUUUGUGUUUGGGGGAUAGGUGGAAGACUACAAAUGAGGUGAAUAAAUCAAAAGUGGAAACAGUGAUUUGUUAAUGCCCAUAGCAGAUCUACCAGCACUGUUAUUGCUGUGUGAAUUGAGCUUACUCUGUUUUGGCCUUAUUUUCCACUCAGGCCCCAAAUCACCCCAUCCCAGAACAGUAACUGUGUCUACAUAAUGGUUUGGACCUUGGAGCAUUCCUGGAAAGGUCAAAAGACAACACACUCAGAAUUCUGCAGAACAUAUUUAUAUGUGGUUCUGAAAUCUUGUGUAUCUGACUUAAAGCCAAAUCUGCUUGCCCUAAUAGCCUCAGAGGAAGUCUUGUGUAAUGAAAAGCAUUUGAUUUCCUAGUCAAGUCUUAAUGGUUGUCUUGGGAGUUGUGUGGCUACUUCCUUUAAUGAAAGUCUCUUUCAGCUCUAAAUCUCUUUGCUGGGCUGGCCCCUGCUCUUUGGACUGUUUGGUGACACCCUUUCUUGAAGAGUGUGAACUCACAGUCCAUCCAUCCUCUGCCAGACAACUACCAAAGCUUGGACUUUGUGACACCUACCGCUGGAAUCAGGGAGGUGGAGGGUGGUCCAAUGUGAUCCUGCACACCUGUUCUUGAGGUGGGUGGGAGAGGGGGAAAUCUGGCUAGGCUGAGUACUCAGCUGUCUAUUAAGACAAAACCUAAGAAGUGGGACUUCUAGUAUUUUCCACAGUGUUCCACUUUGGAGAAUUUGGAGUGUCUAAUUUUUUAAUUUCCUAGCAACUUGCCUACAUGGGGCUGAGUGAAGUCAAUGUGCCCACACUUACACUUCUCUGUGUGUAUUCCCUUACUUCUUGGGAGGAAUUUGAGGCAUAGGUAGAUAUUGGUGGGCGAAAAUGAGAGUUCAGGGGCCAGAUUCAGCCCCAGAUCUUGGCCAUCUGAGCAGGGUUUUCAGUUUACCAAGAGCACUAGGUAGAAACAACUCGGAAAAGACUCCCACGUCUUUAAAAUUCUUAUUUUCCUCUUGUUAUCAUCCCCUUUCCUCACCUCCUCCCUCACCUGCCAAUCAGCUGUAUUUAUAAGGCCACAAGGGGUCGGUGGUUUUGUUGACACCAGUUUGAGGGCCUAACCUUUCCUUAAGUGAUGCAGCAGUUCCAUGGUUUUCAGAGGGAAUAUGUUAAGCUUUGGUGAGACUCUAAUUCCAGUAAGUUAGUGCUUCUGGAACAGUUGGCAAAAGCAAUGCCAUUCAUCGCCUAUGCAAAGAACAACCGUCCUGACCUUAAAAGAUGCCGGAUCUAAGAGAAUAGUAAAAGCUUCUGACCACGGGAGAGAAUUUUAUGUUAGGAACUCAGAUUUUUGAGGACUCACAAGUGCAGAGAAGUAUAGCCUGCGCACCUCACCCACCUCUCUGAGCAAGUUUUGGUUCCGUGUGGUGACGUGGCUUAUGUGUGUACACUGGGGUUUUCAAAGGACACUACACGGGCAGCCCGACUUGCCUCUUGUGUGAGCACCAUGGCUCUUUGUGAGACUUGAGUGCCAGUCUAGGGAGUGCUGCUCUUUCUGAUCCACAAUGUUAUCUGUGUAAAUAGCUUUCAUUUUUCCUCUGCGUCUUAGAUGAAGUUUUGUCCGUGUAGCGACCAGGUAGAUGUGACCGAGUAAGGCUGUAAACGUGCUGUUGUUUUCUACUGUGAUGUACUUAAAGAAGGGGAACCUUCUGUCCUCCACUCUUCCCAUCUCAUAUGAGUAUUUUGUGUUUGUUUUGGGGAGUCCUGAGGUUACUCUUUCACUUGUUUUGCCUCCAGUUUUCUUUGUUUCUCUGGAGACCCAGGGAGGCCCUGGUGAGGAUCAUUUGUCAGGAAUAUGUCAUGGUGGGUUUCCAGAACUACCCUAUGUACAGUGAAUUAAGAGGAAUCUGCCUGGAAAUGGUUUCAGAACCAUGUACCUUGAUGCUUUGUGAUUGUGAAACAUUGACUUUUGUAACCCCAAAAUGAAAACUGUUUAGCAAAGGGGAUCUAUUUUGUGUGUUUUGAAACUUAGGUGCAAUGUCCCCUGGAAGAAGCUAAAGAAAUGUAUAUGCUCAAUGACGUUUUAAAAUAAAAUAUUCUAUAUAUAUGUAUAUAGAACAUCUUUAGCAAAACUUUUUUUGUAUCUUUUAAUUCACUGUGAAAUGUCUUCAUACUGGGUAUUGGAAUGGCAUGAAAUUAAUGAAUUAAUGUGAAAUUAUCAACUGUGAGCACAGAGUCAAAAGCAAAAGGGGAGGCUGCCAACACUAGGCCUUCACAGGAGCAGCAGCAAGGACUGGCACAUUUCAACUAGGCCUCUGGGGAACUACCGUGGAUAAGCAUGUGUAAACACACAAAGCAUUCAGAGGAAAGAAUGACUCCCAAGAGGUAUUCUUAAGCAAGAGGGCUAGUGCCUAAUCUUGCUGAAGACCGUAAGAAUCAAGACAAUCCUUAAUCACUUAAACAUUUUAAACAGAAAGGAUUGGUAAAAUGUACCAUCUUAUACAGAAAAGGUACCUUAGCAGGUUAGGUAUAGCAUCCAAAAAUGCUAAUUCUGCUUAAUUCUAGAAUUUAGGAAGUUAAAAGCAAUCUAGAAAGUAUCAACAAAAUGUUAAAAGAUGAUCAAAGUACAAUCAUCCCCCAUUACCCAUGGGAGCUACUUUCUAGAACCCCCUAGUGUAUAUAUAUAAUCCUAUAUAUACUAUAUUGUUUUCUUUACAUACAUACAUAUAAUAAAGUUUAAUUUAUAAAGUAGGAACACUAAGAAAUCAUAACAAUAACUAACAGAAUAAUUGUAACAAUAA